CUUCCUGUUAUAUCUUUUUAAAAAAGAUCUCUGACAAAGAUUCCUUUCCUGGAAAUUUACCGGUUUUGGUGAAAUGUAAACCGUGGGACGAGGAUGCUUCUUCAUAUCUCACCACCACUCUCGUUGACUUGACUUGGCUCUGCUCGUCAAUGGUUAUCUUCGAUCUUUAACCAAAUCCAGUUGAUAAGGUCUCUUCGUUGAUUAGCAGAGAUCUCUUUAAUUUGUGAAUUUCAAUUCAUCGGAACCUGUUGAUGGACACCACCAUUGAUGGAUUCGCCGAUUCUUAUGAAAUCAGCAGCACUAGUUUCGUCGCUACCGAUAACACCGACUCCUCUAUUGUUUAUCUGGCCGCCGAACAAGUACUCACCGGACCUGAUGUAUCUGCUCUGCAAUUGCUCUCCAACAGCUUCGAAUCCGUCUUUGACUCGCCGGAUGAUUUCUACAGCGACGCUAAGCUUGUUCUCUCCGACGGCCGGGAAGUUUCUUUCCACCGGUGCGUUUUGUCAGCGAGAAGCUCUUUCUUCAAGAGCGCUUUAGCCGCCGCUAAGAAGGAGAAAGACUCCAACAACACCGCCGCCGUGAAGCUCGAGCUUAAGGAGAUUGCCAAGGAUUACGAAGUCGGUUUCGAUUCGGUUGUGACUGUUUUGGCUUAUGUUUACAGCAGCAGAGUGAGACCGCCGCCUAAAGGAGUUUCUGAAUGCGCAGACGAGAAUUGCUGCCACGUGGCUUGCCGGCCGGCGGUGGAUUUCAUGUUGGAGGUUCUCUAUUUGGCUUUCAUCUUCAAGAUCCCUGAAUUAAUUACUCUCUAUCAGAGGCACUUAUUGGACGUUGUAGACAAAGUUGUUAUAGAGGACACAUUGGUUAUACUCAAGCUUGCUAAUAUAUGUGGUAAAGCUUGUAUGAAGCUAUUGGAUAGAUGUAAAGAGAUUAUUGUCAAGUCUAAUGUAGAUAUGGUUAGUCUUGAAAAGUCAUUGCCGGAAGAGCUUGUUAAAGAGAUAAUUGAUAGACGUAAAGAGCUUGGUUUGGAGGUACCUAAAGUAAAGAAACAUGUCUCGAAUGUACAUAAGGCACUUGACUCGGAUGAUAUUGAGUUAGUCAAGUUGCUUUUGAAAGAGGAUCACACCAAUCUAGAUGAUGCGUGUGCUCUUCAUUUCGCUGUUGCAUAUUGCAAUGUGAAGACCGCAACAGAUCUUUUAAAACUUGAUCUUGCCGAUGUCAACCAUAGGAAUCCGAGGGGAUAUACGGUGCUUCAUGUUGCUGCGAUGCGGAAGGAGCCACAAUUGAUACUAUCUCUAUUGGAAAAAGGUGCAAGUGCAUCAGAAGCAACUUUGGAAGGUAGAACCGCACUCAUGAUCGCAAAACAAGCCACUAUGGCGGUUGAAUGUAAUAAUAUCCCGGAGCAAUGCAAGCAUUCUCUCAAAGGCCGACUAUGUGUAGAAAUACUAGAGCAAGAAGACAAACGAGAACAAAUUCCUAGAGAUGUUCCUCCCUCUUUUGCAGUGGCGGCCGAUGAAUUGAAGAUGACGCUGCUCGAUCUUGAAAAUAGAGUUGCACUUGCUCAACGUCUUUUUCCAACGGAAGCACAAGCUGCAAUGGAGAUCGCCGAAAUGAAGGGAACAUGUGAGUUCAUAGUGACUAGCCUCGAGCCUGACCGUCUCACUGGUACGAAGAGAACAUCACCGGGUGUAAAGAUAGCACCUUUCAGAAUCCUAGAAGAGCAUCAAAGUAGACUAAAAGCGCUUUCUAAAACCGUGGAACUCGGGAAACGAUUCUUCCCGCGCUGUUCGGCAGUGCUCGACCAGAUUAUGAACUGUGAGGACUUGACUCAACUGGCUUGCGGAGAAGACGACACUGCUGAGAAACGACUACAAAAGAAGCAAAGGUACAUGGAAAUACAAGAGACACUAAAGAAGGCCUUUAGUGAGGACAAUUUGGAAUUAGGAAAUUCGUCCCUGACAGAUUCGACUUCUUCCACAUCGAAAUCAACCGGUGGAAAGAGGUCUAACCGUAAACUCUCUCAUCGUCGUCGGUGAGACUCUUGCCUCUUAGUGUAAUUUUUGCUGUACCAUAUAAUUCUGUUUUCAUGAUGACUGUAACUGUUUAUGUCUAUCGUUGGCGUCAUAUAGUUUCGCUCUUCGUUUUGCAUCCUGUGUAUUAUUGCUGCAGGUGUGCUUCAAACAAAUGUUGUAACAAUUUGAACCAAUGGUAUACAGAUUUGUAAUAUAUAUUUAUGUACAUCAACAAUAACCCAUGAUGGUGUUACAGAGUUGCUAGAAUCAAAGUGUGAAAUAAUGUCAAAUUGUUCAUCUGUUGGAUAUUUUCCACCAAGAACCAAAAGAAUAUUCAAGUUCCCUGAACUUCUGGCAACAUUCAUGUUAUAUGUAUCUUCCUAAUUCUUCCUUUAACCUUUUGUAACUCGAAUUACACAGCAAGUUAGUUUCAGGUCUAGAGAUAAGAGAACACUGAGUGGGCGUGUAAGGUGCAUUCUCCUAGUCAGCUCCAUUGCAUCCAACAUUUGUGAAUGACACAAGUUAACAAUCCUUUGCACCAUUUCUGGGUGCAUACAUGGAAACUUCUUCGAUUGAAACUUCCCACAUGUGCAGGUGCGUUCGCU